AUGGCGGCGCCACUGAAACUCAGCGUCAAAUGGAACAAGCAGGAGUUCGAGAACGUCGAGGUGGACGUGAGCGAGCCUCUCGCCCUCCUCAAUGCGCAGCUCAUGACUCUCACGGGCGUUCCUGCGGACCGCCAGAAACUGAUGGCUAACCGGAAGCUGGUGAAGAGCAUCGAGGACUUGCAGGCCGCGGCGAAGGGGGGGAAGCCGGUUAAGGUGACGAUGCUGGGCACGGCUGAGGGCGGAGAGUUGAAGCAGCCGCAGCAGAAGACGGUCUUCCUCGAGGACUUGACUCCCGCGGAGCAAGCCAAGCUCCUUAGAGAGAAGAACAUCGAGCCCCUGCCGCCUGGUAUCGCGAACUUGGGCAACACAUGUUACUUGGCCUCGGUGUUGCAGAUGCUUCGCACCUGCCACGAGCUGACGACAGCGAUCAGGAGUCACAUGAGGAACGCGACAGGGGGGUCGGCGGCCGCGUAUUCGGCGGCCUCGGGCUCCGCGGGCGCCUCGCACCGCCUCGCCCUCGCACUGAGGGACUUCUACUCGCAGUGGGAGGGCACGACUGACGCGGCGCAGCCGCUGCUGCUGGUCCACGCCAUCCGCGAGGCCUUCCCCCAGUUCGCUCGCAAAGCCGCGGCGGGGCCUGGCGGGGUCGGAGGCGGCUACAUGCAACAAGACGCGGAGGAGUGCUGCAGCUGCCUGAUGAGUGUGUUGAGCGAGUGCCUGCCGGUCUCGCAGAGUCAAAAGACGUUUGAGGCGUUGCCGGCUCGCUACGAGAAGGCGACGAACUUCAUCGAUGCACUCUUCGGGUUCGACAUGCGCGUGACGACGCGACGCGAGCGCGCCGAGGCUUCGGCAGCAGGCCAGGCUGAGGAGGCGAAAGAGGCGCAGGCUGCCGCGCCGCCGGAGACGAAGAGCGAGAAAAACACAAAGUUCACUUGUUUCCUGGGAACCAUGCAGAACCCGAUCAACACCCUCGACGAGGGCGUGAAGUUCUCGAUGGCUGAAGAGCGCAUCGAGUUGGGCGGCUCGGGUGGACCUCCUACACCGGCCGCGCAGGCCGGCGCGGACGCGGGCGCCGCCGCGAGCGAAAACCCUCUGCGAGAGACUCUUGUUCGGUCGACGCAGUUCGAAACGCUCCCUUUCUAUUUCCUUCUGCAGUUCAUGCGCUUCGAGUGGAAGCGCGCGGGCGGCCAAGCCGAGAAAGCCAAGAUCUGCAAAAGUGUCAAAUUCGCCCCCACCCUCGACUUGUACUUACACUGCACCGAGGAGUUGAAGGAUAGUCUUCGCAUCGGCCGCGCAGUUCUCGCGCUCCGCCGGGAGCGAGAGGCAGGCGGAAGCGAAGAGAAUGUAGAGAAGAAGAAAGGAGAUCAGAACGGCGAGUACGCGGAGACACCCGACGCGCCGGACGUCGCCAUGACUGACGCAACGAACGGCACCGCGGCGGCAGGCGCCGGCGGCGCGAAGGCGUACGCAACCGGAUUUUACCAGUUACUCGGCAUCGUUACGCACCAGGGGCGCCACGCAGACAGCGGGCACUACGUGGGCUGGACGAAGAAGGACCAGCGCGAGCCACGGCGAGUUGAAGAGGAGAAGAGGGCGAAAGAGCGCGAGGAGGCGCUGCGCAGAGAAGAAGAGGGCGCGGUGGCGAAGAAGAAGAAGGCGAGCACAGUCGACAUGUGGGUCAAGUUCGACGAUGACAAAGUGACAGAGACGCCCUGGGACCAGAUCGACCUCGCAGGUGGGCGCAGCGACUACCACAUCGCGUACCUCCUCCUUUUCCGUGAAAUCCUUGUGGACGCCACUGCCGAAGAAGUUGAGACCGUGGAGCGUCGACACGCCGAUCAGAAGCGCGAGGCUGAGGCCGUUGCGCUGAAGAAGAAAGAAAACGGCCAAGACGAGAAGCAGGCGGAGCCGUAG